AUGUCUAGUUUUAUUGUUAAGUGGGUUACAAAUCGUCUUUUGAAAGAUAACCAAUGGAAUAGAUUUGGCGUUGAAGACCCAUAUUACCAAGAUGUCGUAGUCGAUGUCAAGAAAAACGGCGAAAAAAAAUACAAAAAAGUUCCUCGACCAAUUCCCGAAGGAAUCUCCAAGCAGGAUGUUUCUGUUUUAGAGCAAUUCAAAAAGAAAGCUUAUCGAUACGACUAUUGGUUUAAAUUGUUUGGCGUGCAAUUCGGAUGGACAAAUCUUGUGAGUAUUAUCCCUGUGGUGGGUACAGUAAUACAGACAUAUUGGUCGCUCAACUUGCUCUUGCUUGCAAGAAGAAUCAAUGAUGGAUUGCCGUUGGAUUUGCAGUUGUUAUUUGUUCUUAAUAUUGCCAUUGAUUUUGGAUUGGGGUUAAUCCCCUUUGUUGGAAGCAUAGUGGAGAUUGGAUAUAAAGCUAAUUCCAGAAACUACUUGUUGUUAGAGAAACACCUUAUAAGAGUUGGUGAGAAAAAUAUGGGUAUAAUCACGCAGGAAGAGGUGAGACCUGGUUUUAUAAAUGACAAAGUGCAGCCCUUUAUGGAUGAAACUUUAAAGGAAAAAGUCAUCCCUUUUGUCGAUGACACGUUGAAACCUGGAGCAAUCAAAGCUGGUGAGCAAGUGCUCGAAUUAUUGCACAGAAAACCAAGAAGUACCAGUUCUUCGUCUGAGUCAUCAACCGCAAAGCGGACCAGCUCAGCCGCAACUACUACUCAGACAAAUGCUACAGUAACUACGUCUUCAUUGAACCCCAGCGAUGUUGAUAAUGAUGAUACGAGGUCUAUUCGGAACUUAAGAGAUCUCAAUGAAAAGAACAGAGCCACAGAAUAA